CAUAAACUUUGUAUUCAAGAUGUCAAUAAUUCCUAGCUCUUCGCCCUGGCCACUACCCACGUCAUUUGUAUGUAAGCCUGGGACUAGGUAAUGGUCUGUUCUCGACGCCCCGCCCCCUGCACCACAUUAACUCCUUCCAUCGAGAAGAAAAAUGACCAACGCUAGGGAAAGGGCCCGACGACAUAUGUACUGGCUAUUCUGACAGCGAUGCUCAAACUGGUACAGACGUGAUCCUCUGUUACCCUGGUUACGCGGACGGGUGGGCGAGAACUGCAUAUUCUCCCGGCCUUUUCUGUCCCCGUGGCAUGACCACGGCUGCGAGUGCGAUCUCGCCUGAUGGGGUCUGGUGCUGUCCCACCGGCCUGACGUGGGCGGCGUCCCCCCCUUGGUGCAAGGGCAAAGUAGAGGCGAGCUACUUCGUAUCGUCUCAAUAUGGGUGCGCUGUUGAUAAUUUGGCAGUCACAUUUGGCGGCAGCGAUGCGCAUGCCAAUUCCCAGAAUUUCACCUUCGUUGCACACCUAGACCAUGAAACAGGAGUCGGGAUCGGAUACUCCACAGUCACGCUUCAGGCAAGGGAUAUAGUGGUGACAGCACAGGCUAAGGGCAUCUUCCUCGAGGGCCAAACCAUGACUCCAACGACUACCGUGCCCAAUAACAACAAUGUCAACACAGAGGCUAUAUCACCACCCAGUGGCAGUAAUGUCAUCACGGAGAAGGUUAUCUCGCGUAGCGUUUCUAUCCCUGGAAUAGUAUGCGGCGUUCUUGGAGCCUGCAUACUUCUGGGAGUAGUCUAUGUUCUAGGGAGGCGGCGGCGGAGGCGGGGUCGCCAAGCAGCGCAAGGCGAUGAUGAUUCGGCGGGUGCAAGCGGGGAUUUCAGCGGGACCGUCGAUGCGGAGGGAUUAUCUGACGGCUAUCGAAAAGCAGAGCUGGACGCUUCGGCCCAGGCGACCCGCUCCGAGCUCGAGGGGCCGGUAGAACGCAACUACGGCGCGGGCAUAUACGUGCAGAAGCCCGAGCUGGAGGGCACGCGAGCGGAGAGACACGCCGAAGGGGCCGUGUACGUCAGGAACAAGGCCGAGCUGGAGGGGCGGUUGCGCGAGAUCGCGGAGCUGGAAGCGAUUCCGUGGUCUGCGCGGAGGAAGGCCCAGACAUUGCCGCCGUCCCCUACGAUUCCUGGCCUAAGUUGACGUAGCAUAUGACGAGACGAAAGCCUAUAGCCAUGUUUGACUUUAGGUAGGUAACUGGUUUCCCAAUAACCAAGUUAAAAAGAAAGCUCGUAUGGGUUAAGUCUCCGAGGUAUUAAUAACGAAGUUCGGGUCGGAGAAUAUACCCUCCUGUAUUAUCUACAACAUAUAAGACGUCGAGGUGUUCAUGAGCAUGUCUUAUUCAGGCACUAUCUAUGAUUAAAAAUAAUGUAUUAUCUACUACGAAG